AUGUUCGCUCGCACCGCCGCCUCUGCCCUUCGCGGCUCCUCGCUCCGCGCCAUGAGCACGGCAGCCGCCCAGCGGGCCUCCUCUUCGGCCCGCCGCAGUGCCGCCGUUGCGAGCAGUCUCACCGCCGCUGCUGGUCUGACGUUCUACGCCCUGUCGCAGCCUUCGCUUGAGCUGGAAGGCCCCAAGACCAUUGCGGGAGAGUACAAGACGGUCACCGAACGCAGCUUUGUCAUGCUCAAACCCGACGGAACAAGCAGACAGCUCCUUGGCAAGGUCAUCAACCGCUUUGAAGAGAAGGGAUAUAAGCUGGUCGCGAUCAAGUCUCUCGUCCCCAGCGAAGCUCUUGCAAAGGAGCAUUACGCCGACCUUGCUGGUCGACCAUUCUACCCUGGUCUGGUUAAAUACAUCACUUGUGGAGUACCUGUUAUCGCCAUGGUGUUCGAGGGCAAGGACGUCAUUCGCCAGGGCCGUCGUAUCGUCGGAGCUACGAACCCGCUCGAGGCCGACCCGGGAAGCGUCAGAGGUCAAUACGCCAUCAGCGUUGGUCGCAACCUCAUUCACGCCAGUGAUGGAUUCGACAGCGCCACCACUGAGAUUGGCCUUUGGUUCUCUGACGCUGAAAUCGCUUCCUACAAGACCGCAAACGAGGAAUGGGUUGUAAGCGAUAACUAA